AAGCGUGGGGGGGGGGGGGGGGGAAGGUGGUGGAGGAGAGAGUGUGUGAGUCUGUGGACGGUUUAGGCCUCACUCGCGCGCGCUCUCUCUCGCUCUCUCUCUCUCUCGCUCUCUCGCCACCGCCAUGAAGAUUAAGCGGCAGAAAACGGCGAAGAAGGUGCUGGGCUUUUAUCAGCACAACCUGGGCUUCCGGCAGCCUCACCAGCUGCUGCUGGACGGCACCUUCUGCCAGGCGGCGCUUCUCCACAAGAUCCAGAUCAAGGAGCAGAUGCCCAAGUACCUGAUGGCCGAGGUGCAGCUCUGCACCACCGGCUGUGUUCUGAAAGAAUUAGAAUCACUCGGAGAAGAAGUGUACGGGGCAAAAUUAAUCGCCCAACGAUUUCAAGUUAGAAGUUGUCCACAUUUUAAAAAUCCAGUUGCCGCCUCAGUUUGUUUGUUGUCAAUGGUUCAAAACAACAACCCUCAUCAUUACUUUGUCGCCACACAGGAUCAUCAGUUAACAAUGAAAAUUAAAAAGCUGCCUGGAGUCCCUCUGCUGUACAUCAUACAGAACACAAUAGUGCUGGAAAAGCCUUCUCCUAAGUCUAUUGCACAUAUUCAAGCGCAGUACAGUAAUCAGUUUGUUACUGCAACACAGAAAGUGAAUAUCCAGCAAUUGAAAACAGAACAAGGUUUAGCAAAGGAACACGAAUCUCGAAGCAGAAAACGGAAAAGAAAAGGUGGCCCGAAUCCUCUCAGCUGUCUGAAAAAGAAAAAGAUUCAAAUCACAAAGGAAAUGAGCAAAGAAAAGAAAAAACUAAGCAGAUCAAGGAGGAGAAAGAAAGUAACUGCAAAAAGUGGAAGCCACAAUGUAGAAGCACAUUGAUAUAAAUUGUAGCACCAAAGUGAUUACUUAUGCAUUUUUCGUAUGGGACUUAAAAGUGAGAUCAAACAAUCUAAAUUUAGAUCUAGUAUGUGUUGACUGUAGACACUGAGUUCCAUUUUUCUGCCCACAAAAUAUACAGUCAAUUCACUUUACAGUAUAUUCUAAACGA